AUGUCCAACAAGAAAAUCCAAUCCCUAGCACCCAUAUGUAACUUGAUUCUAUUCGGUUUCAUCAUCCUCUCAUGUUCAACUACGACCAUAGUUACUGGUCGUCGAAUCAUACCUACUUCGGAGAAUGCAUUCUUCUCCGGUCAAAAUGAUGCAUUACUUGCAACUACCUUCACUCGUGCCAAUAAUGAUACAGUUUCACUCUUGUCAACCUUCAACGCCUCAAUCCUGGCUCGUACUCCUCCUGGAGGAUAUAUUCCAAGUUAUGACAAUGCAGCCUAUGAUUCCACAUCCUCGCGUGCCUUCUUGUAUGGUAUCGAAGAUGGAAUGAAUAUUUUGGAUAUAUAUUCCAUUAUUCAAUCGAAUUUGCAUUUUAUGAAACGAUUGUAUUUGCAAGGACAAGAUGCAUUGCUUGUCCACAUUUAUCCUGUUCCCUUCUCAUUGGACAAUGCUGCCUAUGAUGCCAGCGAGAAUCGAAUUGUUGGAUUAGUGAAUGAUGUGUUCGCGUAUUUGGAUUUGACUAGCGGAAAGUUUGUAACCAUUCAAGCUUUGAAUUUUGCAUCAAUCGGUUUUCGACAAUUGGGAGCUUCUACCAUUUCAAGUGAUUCGAGAUUUUACUUUGUGUUUUAUGAGAAUCAUAAUGCAGAGUCAUUCUUUGUGAGAGUGGAUUUAAAGACCUUGUCAUACCGAGUGAAUCAAGUUUAUGAUUUGAUUGGAUUGUUGAUUUAUAUUCCAUCCAAUUAA